AUGCCGCCACAUUUACAUCCCAAGUCUCGUUCGACGAGCACCCUUUUCGCAGGGACCCUGCUCGCCUCCCUCGUUGUGGUCGGGCUACCACACCUCUUCCCGUGCCCAGCUCCGCGACGCACCUUUGCCGAUUCAGAUAUGGUCAUGACCGCCGAUGGGCAACAAGUACCGCGCAUUCGUCGACGCAGGAGGAGGGAUGCUGAGAUGGACUCGGAAUCAGGCCAGCCCCUCUACUCAUCCGCAUCGAGCGUCGCCGAGGACGAGGUGUCCACUUUCUAUGAACAGCAGGAGGAGGCUAAAAGGGUGGCACAGAUGGGACACGAAUGUCCUGUACCAAAGCCCAGAGGUGUUCUGGGGGAGCUUCUUGGAUUUCGGAAUGCGCGUGUGAACGAGCCUUCCCAGUCACACGCCAGCGAGUCAGUUGAUGGAGGCCAAUAG